AUUUAGGGGAUAUAAUGGAACCAUCCAUGCAACGUAAACGAAUCACCAUGGUGAAGCGUCACCAAUAUAACUUCCAAGUUAUAGUGGAUAUAUUUAUGCAUAUAUUUUAUUGUAUACUCAGAGAAGUUCAAAGAAACGUUUGAGAAGCCCUGGUUGUUAAAUAAAAAAUAAAUUAAUUAAUUAAAAAUCCCCAAAUGGCCAAAUACCACUUCGAAGCCUGUUAUGAGUCCGGAUAUGAAUAGUCGUGUCCCCGCCCAUCUUUUACGCAGCCCCAGUGGCCUAAUGGAUAAGGCACUGGCCUCCUAAGCCAGGGAUUGUGGGUUCGAGUCCCAUCUGGGGUGGUUAAUUUUGAAUUAGGGAGACAGAAGUUUAGUAAAGGACAGAAGGAAGAUGGUUCGAUCAAUAAAAUGUAAUAGCAACCGAAAAAAUACAAUUUCAUCGGCACGCGAAAACUAGUCCCUCACAAUCGGUUAACAGUGGUGGCAUUAGUAAAAACAUUUAGUCACUGAAAUACAUGAGAGGACGAGAUUCGCAGGACACUAUCAGCUAACAUGCAGAAGCAGAGCAUCAGACUGUGGGUGCUGCUGAGCGUAGUGACUGCAUCAGUGCAAACUUACCACCUCCAAGAGGCCACUGUGUACUGGGAUGCUGCCCAGAAAAGUGUGAUCCUGAAGGAAGGGGUGAUGGAGACAGAGGGGGGAGCCUAUGGCUACUUCAAUGACACUCUUCUUAUGUCUGGAUGGGGCAUCUUGGAGAUCUGCGCUGGCUAUGGAGGACUCACACAAAAAGACGAGACCACCUUCUUCCUGGCUGGAUACCUUGAAGGUUAUCUCACUGCAGGAUGGAUCUUCAGUCAUUAUUCCAACAUGUAUCCUCAACUCAUAAAGGAUGAGAAGGUUCUGAAUCCUCUCAAAAGGUUCUUAAGCAAACAGCACCAGUGGGCCAAAGAGCAGGUGAAACUGAGGAGGCACAGCGACCCCUCGUGGGAUCAUCUGGGACUGAUCCUGGCCCAGCUGGAUGGACUCCACUCUGGAGCUGCACGGUGGGCCAAAAGCAAACACAGAGAGCCUCUAUCAGCGUUCGCUGUCCAGUUCCUCAAUGGUGUCGGUGACCUCUUGGACCUCGUCCCAGCUCUGACACCUCGCUCCAACUCUUCCACAGGAUCAGGCGCAUUCAGGAUGCCAGGAAUGGGCCACUGCACAGCUCUGAUCAAGGUGCUGCCAGGUUUUGAGAACCUGCUGGUCGGCCACUCCAGCUGGUACACAUAUGCUGCCACCAUGCGUAUCUAUAAACACUGGGACUUCAGGUUGUCUGAUACACACACCGCCAGUGGAAAAGUGUCAUUCAGCAGCUACCCUGGCUUCCUAACAUCUCUGGAUGACUUCUACCUUCUUGGGAGCGGCCUGCUGAUGACUCAGACCUCCAUCAGUGUCUUCAAUGUCUCUCUGUUCUCCCAGCUAAGCCCUCACAGCCUGCUGGCCUGGCAGAGGGUCCGGCUGGCCAACAGCCUGGCACACAGCGGAGAGGAGUGGGCGCACAUCUUCUCCAAGUACAACUCAGGUACGUAUAACAGCCAGUAUAUGGUGGUGGACCUGAACAGGGUUUCUCUGGGUCACAGUAUCAGGAAUGGAGCUCUGACUGUGGUGGAGCAGAUUCCUGGGAAGGUAGUGCACUCUGAUCAGACUCCAACUCUACGCAGGGGUUAUUGGCCAUCCUACAACAUACCAUUUCAUGUUGAAAUCUACAACCAGAGUGGGUAUGGAGUAAUGUGGAAGAGAUACGGAGAAGACUUCUCUUACGAUCUCUGCCCCAGAGCCAAAAUCCUCCGCAGGGACCAGGCCAAGGUGUCUGACCUCAACUCCCUCAAGCACAUCAUGCGAUACAACAACUACAAGAGAGACCCCUACACCAAGGGCCAUCCCUGUAAAACCAUCUGUUGCCGUAACGACCUGAGACCAAGGAGGCCGCGUCCAGGAGGUUGCUAUGACUCUAAGGUGACAGAUUACCAGAUGGCUGUCCAGCUGGUUUCAGAGGCAAUAAAUGGUCCCACGACGCAGGGGGGCCUGCGUCCAUUCUCAUGGCAAUACUUCAACCUCUCGACUCAUCAGGGCCUCCCACACACCUACAACUUUCCUUUCGUCACCAUGAGGCCCACACUGCGUCAGCCGUGACCUAAGACAGGGACAGAAGAUACCGUCCAUCCAGGGAGAAAAUCAGAAAAAAGAUGAAAAUUAGCCAUUUAAGAGUUUGUACAUGAGUCUGACUGAUUUCACUGUCCAUUUGAAUUUAGUGCUACAGUCAUUUUUUAAAUGCCAGUCUGAGGGAGGAGGACCCUGGCUUGAUUGUUUAUCGUCAAACAAUUUGUGAAUCCAUUGGUACAUCAUCACAAAAUGUAUUCUGAAAUCAAUUAGCUUGAUUCUACUUAACACCAGCAAUGGAUGCAGUGAGAUAUUCCUGUUGGUGUCAUUACUGCUCUUACUUUUCAUUAUCUGUUUAAAAGUGGCAGCAUUGUGACAGUUUUCCCCGAAAUUAACGUAAGUAUUAUGAACCUAUUUGCAGUGUUAAACCGACCGAGUAAAAUCUGAAUGGUAUCCACCAGGGAAACAUGUAUAUCUACCAAUUUAUUUGUUUGUUGCUCUUGUUCUAUGCAAUGUUUACUCAGGUUUAUAGUGUGGAACGAAAAUAUCUGACUUACCUUAAGUGAAUAUUAACAAUAAAAAAAUCUUCGUAUAUUGUAAAAUAUGGUGCGUUUUUUCCUUUAUUUAGUAUUCCUAAUGGUAUUACAAGACCCUGUUUUCUUGGUCUUUGUCAAGUUUUCCGAAAGAACCAGACCAAACCCAAAAAUGAGACAACUUCUUUUUUCAAAAUAAAAUGUUUGAAUUCACUCUUC